UUAUUUUCGCACGGAGGUUUUAGAUUUUGCUUAUGUUGGGUUUGGUUUACUGAGAACCUGUAAAUGGCUAAUUCAGUGCCGGAAUUAGGUCAAAUUCCCGGCGGAGAUUCCCAGAUUUUCCCUCUCGACGCCGAGACCAUCAAGCAGCGAGUCGACGAGGUUUUACAUUGGGUUGAUUCGCUUGAGGAUAAACUGAAACAAGUAGAGGACUUUUACUCGAGCAUUGCCGUCGCAAACUCUGGCUCUAGACAUGUUGUUGGGGUUAGGAAGGUUCAACAAGAGGCUGCGCGUAGGGAAGCUUUUGCUGCAAAAAGAAUGCAUGACCUCAUGCGUCAAUUCGGAACAAUCUUCCGUCAGAUAACUCAGCAUAAGAAUGCAUGGCCAUUUAUGCAUCCUGUUGAUGUAGAAGGUCUUGGUUUGGAUGACUACUAUGAGGUUAUUGACAAGCCUAUGGACUUCAGCACGAUAAAGAAUCAAAUGGAGGCUAAGGAUGGUACCGGGUACAAACAUGUUAUGCAAAUAUAUACCGAUAUGCGGCUAGUGUUUGAGAACGCAAUGAAGUAUAAUGAAGAAUCAAGUGAAGUUUACACUAUGGCGAACAUAUUACUGGGAAAGUUUGAGGAGAAAUGGGCACACUUUCUUCCAAAGGUUCAAGAAGAGGAGAAAAUACGGGAGGAAGAGGAGAAGCAGGCAGCAAUGGAGGCGCUAUUAGCAAAAGAAGCAUCUCAUACCAAAACAACUAGAGAACUGAACAAUGAGAUUUGCAAUGUUAAUUGCGAGCUGGAGAAGCUGAGGCAUAUAGUUGUGGAAAGAUGCAGGAAAAUUACAACUGAGGAGAAGCGUAAGAUUGGGUUGGCAUUCUUAAAACUGUCUCCAGAUGAACUACAGAAGGUGUUGGGAAUAGUUGCUCAGGCUGACCCGAGCUUCCAACAUAGAGCAGAGGAAGUGAGCAUUGAGAUGGACGCACUGGACGAACCAACACUGUGGAGGCUAAAGUUUUUUGUGAAGGAUGCGUUGGAGAAUACAAUGAAGAAGAAGAAGAAGGAAGAGACAACAAAGGCUGAAGAUUGGAGAGGGACACAAAACAAAGAGGUUUCCAACAAACGAAAUGCGACUAACAAGUUAGCAGAGAGAAGUACGAAGCGGACACGCGUGUGAUCCACACGAUUGCUUUUGAAGACACAAAAACCUUGAACAGGAAAAAAUCUUCUCUUUGUAUAAAUGUUUUCUAGUCCGUUGUGUAUAUAUCAUCCUCAGACACCAAACUAGCUUCUGAUUCUACCAACAUUGAAAAAAAAUGCAAUCUUUAUAAAGCUUUUGCUUUUGUUA